AUUGUUAUUAAAUGUUAAAAUUUUUUGUUUUGCAUUAUUGUCAUGAAAAUCAAUAAGUCAAGAAAUUGAAUCACAUGUACAAAAUAUUAAAAAAAUCAAUUAAAUAUUUUAUACACCAUAAAUUUAGAUUAUACAAUUCAUAAAAAAAAAAAAAAACUAAAUCUAGAAAUUCAAAACCAACACACAAACACAAGCAUUAGAAAUUUAUAUUACUAAUUCAUGCCCUCAAUUUAUGCCCCCAACCUAAUUUCGAGGCAUCAGAACCUCAUCAAAUAAGUCUACAGUCAUUUAAUUCCGAACCUGUCAAUUGUCCAUGCAAGAUAAAUUAUCAUAUACAUAGUAAAAUAUUAAAAUUAUUUUUAAAAUAAAAGAGAGAGAAGAAAAAAAAAAGGAUUAGUAUUUUUAGAAAUAUGAUUUGUUAUAUAUUUGAAGUAUUUUAAAAGAAUUUUGCAGCAGCAGUCAUCAGAAGUGGUGGCGACGCCAGGCGGUGGUUGUAGGGUUAGCCAUUGGUGAUCAGAUCACAUCUCUAGCAACAUGCUUUUGAUUAAUUUACAAAAGGAAGAGAAAAUUGAAAAUGAAAUCAUUUCAGAAGUGAACCCCUACAUGAUCAUAUUAAUUACAUUAGGCAAAAAGGAACAAAAUAUUUCAGAAAAAGAAAAAAAAAAGUGUUAACAGAUGAAGGGAUGAAAACGUGGGUUCUUUGAGUAUAGAAAAGGUGGGCUUUACCCUUUUUAAGGCUUUUAUCGUGAUACCAUGUUAGGACAAAAUUUGAUUCCAUAUUUUCCAAAUCAGAAUCUCCAAUCAAAUUAUUAUAGUCCUUUGAUUUUGGAAAUUUCCGAUAUAUAUAUAUAUAUAUAUACAUAUAACUUUCUAUAUAACCACAAGCUCGGACGUCAUCUUCAAUGGAGAAAUUAAACACCAUUCCGAUGAAAAAAACUCUCGGCCGUCAAAAGAUAGAAAUAAAAAAGUUAGAAAAGAAGAGCAGCAAACAAGUCACGUUUUCGAAACGUCGUGCCGGACUUUUCAAGAAAGCUGGCGAGCUCUCCGUUCUUUGUGGAGCAGAGGUAGCCAUUAUCGUCUUCUCUCCCAAUGAUAAGCUUUUUUGUUUCGGUCAUCCUGAUGUCGAUGUGCUUUUGGAUCGUUAUCUCACCGGAAAUUUGUCGCCGCCGAAGCCAGCGGAGAGUUACAUUCCUGUAGCGGAGUUUAAUCGUGAUUUCGCUGAUUGUGCAUUGGAGUUUGAGGCAGAGAAGAAACGAGCGGCGGAAUUGAUUCGCGCGGCCGAGGAUUCGAGGAAGAACGGCGGAUUUUGGUGGCAGGAGGCGGUGGAAGGGUUGCGAUUGGAGGAACUGAAAGAUUUCCGAUCAGCAUUGAUGGAUUUGAGAGCCAAAGUGGCGGAGAGAGUUGAAAAACUGACAGCAGUAAGAAUUGGAGGGCCUCUGUUGCCAGCGCUACCGCCGCCGCCGCAGCCGAUGACGUCGUCGUCGUUUCAUCUCAUUGGAAACCACCAAGAAUUGCCUCCUCCAACGGCGUUUCAUCUCGCCGGAAACCAACGUGUCGCGACGGGGUUAGGGUUUUUCUAGAUUGUCCUUUAGUUGCUCCAUUUGAUUUAUUUUUCUGAAUUAUUGGACAACGGUGAACUCUUUUGUAAAAGCAUGCUGUCUUCAUCAAGAUUUCUUAAUCUUUUUUUCAUCUUAAAUUUUA